AUGGGUAAGUUGCUGGAAGCAUACUGGGGGGAUCUUAAAAAGAAUAUGGAUGAAGCACACAGCAGCCCUGGAUUGCAUGAUGCAGCUGGACCUAGUCUUGCAGAAGAAUGUGCGACUCUGAAGCUUUCCGUAAAUGAUGCUUGGGAAUAUCGACUGACACAUCUGUAUUGUGGACAGGGUGGAUGCCGAACAGGGAUGGCUAAAGUCACCAAGGCAUAUGACCUUCCUGCGAGGAAAAUUAUUCACACUGUUGGCCCAAAAUAUGCUAUUAAGUACCAUAAUGCUGCAGAGAAUGCUUUAAGUCAUUGCUAUCGUUCUUGCCUGGAGCUUCUGGUUGAAAAUGGGCUUCAAAGCAUUGCUAUGGGUUGUAUAUAUACGGAGGCAAAGAACUAUCCCCGAGAACCAGCUGCACAUGUAGCUAUAAGUACAUGUGAAGUUGGGAAUGGAAUUACUUUUGGCUUGAGUUUGAAAUUUGAGUCUAUGCUAGGCGAAACCAUCUUUUAUUCAGGAACUGUGCGACGAUUUCUUGAGAAGCAGAAAAACACUGUAACAGCUGUUGUCUUUUGCACUGUGAGCACAACUGAUACUGAAAUAUAUAAAAGGUUGCUUCCACUGUACUUUCCUCGGGAUAAACAUGAGGAGCAGGUUGCUUUAACUAAACUUCCAGCUGAUGUUGGGGAUGAAAAUGGUGAGACAAUCAUGGCUGAGCGUAAAAUCAGAAUAAAGCCUUUGCCCAAAAGGAGUGUUUCAAGACCACCUGAGUUUGCCAUUGAUCUUCCAGUUAGUGAUGUUGGCUUGGUUAACAGGAAUUCGUCACAUUUAGAUUCUUUUCUGGAUCCUGCCUUUAUGUCCAUGAUUAAAGACCCUGAUCUAAGGCGUAUGGAGCAGUGGGAGAAAACUGCUGAAGCACAAAGAGGCUGGAAUUGUGCUAAAUUGCUAGGAUAUGGCAACCUUGGUGGACCCACAUUGUCUGCUGCUGAAGAAUAUUCUCUACACUCUAGAUACCUGUCUAAAGCAAAUUCUUUAAAUCUUUCUGAAAUUGCAGAAAUGAAAAUAGUCUAUCGUGGAGGGGUAGACAGUGAGGGUCAUCCUGUCAUGGUUGUUGUAGGGGCUCACUUUUUACUCAGGUGUCUUGAUCUGGAGCGAUUUGUGCUCCAUGUGGUAAAGGAGUUUGAGCCUUUAAUACAGAAGCCUUUUUCUAUUGUCUACUUCCACUCUGCUGCAUCUUUGCAGAUACAGCCAGACCUGGGUUGGAUGAGAAGAUUGCAACAAAUACUAGGUCGGAAGCACCAGCGCAACCUGCAUGCAAUAUAUGUCCUUCACCCAACUUUCGGACUAAAAGCUGCUGUAUUUGGGCUUCAGUUGUUUGUGGACAAUGUGGUUUGGAAGAAAGUGGUAUAUGUUGAUCGACUUCUGCAGCUCUUCAGAUACGUACCUCGUGAACAGUUAACCAUCCCAGAUUUUGUGUUUCAGCAUGAUUUGGAGGUAAAUGGAGGGACGGGUCUCAUUGUGGAUCCCAGAACAAAAUAUGUGUACAACAGACCGUGA